AUGCCGAGUGUGACCAACGGAGGGUCUGCCCGACUAGCUGUCCCAUCGUCUUCGGGACUACAUCAUCUCUGGGAAGACGACAUUAUCCCAUCUUUCCUUAGUAAACGUCACCCUUUCUGUCUCAACCAUCAAGUUCAGCAUCAGUACCAAGCUUCCACCAUCAGCAAGCUCACAUCGAUCCUAUCUCCCGACGAUCGAUUCAUUCAUUGUUCAGCUUUACACACUAUACCCUCUUACAAGAUAAAUCAAAGACGGGUAAGCGGACCUCUCUACCUCCUCUCACGCAGUAUCUACGGCAUCAAUAGUUUACGCAUCCUCCAGAUCCACGAUCCCAAGCACGUAGCCAUGUCAUCGUUACCCAAGAACCUCGAGAUCACCAUUACCACAGAGCGGCCUGACGUGUCGAACAAGACGUCCGAGCCAUCCGAAUCUACCACCAAGACCAGCAACAAGCCCGAGAAGCAGGACCACAACAAGAACAUGCUCCUCCCUCCUCAUACCCCACCCUAUCAGACCGGCGCCAAGAAAGAGCCAGGGACCGAGGAUGAGGCCUGCGAGGAUGCCAUCGCUAGCGGUGAUGCAACGCCUAGCUGGGAAGGGGUUUGGCGCAAAGACCGCCGUGAUACCAAGCAUCAGGGGCCUGGUGGAGCUUCUUAG